AUGAUUCGUAAGCAAGCCCGUCAGAGAAGAGAUUACCUCUACCGCCGAGCACUUCUCCUGCGCGAUGCCGAAGUCGCGGAAAAACGGGCGAAGCUGAGAGCAGCGUUGGCCUCGGGGAAGCCUUUGGAUCCGGAGAUUGCGAAUGACAAACAAUUACGGAAGGACUACGACUACGAUGCGUCCCGGGAUGUCGCCCAGGACGACUCCCUCGACAUCGAUGAUGAAUACUCAGAGUUAUCCGGCGUUGUUGAUCCGAGGGUACUGGUGACGACAUCACGAGAUCCCAGCUCUAGGUUAAUGUCCUUCUCCAAAGAGAUCAGGUUGUUAUUCCCAACGGCGAUCCGGCUCAACCGAGGAAACCUUGUCCUCCCAGAACUUGUCCGGUCGGCGCAAAGCGAACGCCUUAGCGAUGUGGUUCUCCUCCACGAACACCGCGGGACACCGACAGCUAUCACUAUCAGUCACUUCCCUCAUGGGCCGACGUUGAUGGCGUCACUGCACAAUGUAGUGCUGCGGGCCGACAUUCCUAGAUCCAUCAAGGGGACGGUGAGCGAGAGUUAUCCCCAUCUGAUCUUCGAGAAUUUCAAGACCCCGCUCGGCCAACGCAUAGUCAAGAUUCUGAAGCACCUGUUUCCUCCGCGGGACCCCACUGCCAGCAAGACAGCCGGCAACCGGGUCAUUACCUUUGUGAACCAAGACGACUGUAUCGAAGUACGCCAUCACGUUUACGUCAGGACGAGCUACAAGUCCGUGGAGCUGAGCGAGGUUGGGCCGCGGUUCACCAUGAGGCCAUUCUCUAUCACCAUGGGCACUCUAGAGAACAAGGACGCGGAUGUGGAGUGGCAUCUCAGCCAGUACACGCGCACCGGCCGGAAGAAGAACUAUUUCUAG